AAUCAUUAAAAUAUAUACUGGCUUCUAACUACUCUGUUACCAAGGAGGUGCACUCCUUUUUGUUCCCAACAUUAGCGGGUAUAUACAUAUUUGUCAAGCUUCAACAUCUAUAUAUAUAGACAAACACUUGGAAUUGUCGAGUGAACAGGGAUCACGCUGCCAAACAUAGAAAUCAAGAAUUGCCUCCUUCUUUGUAUCCCUGCGUUCUUUCUUUCUUUCUUUCUUUCUUUCUUUCUUUCACAUAGCGGAAAACCUCCACUACAUGAAUUUCACUUCUGCUGCAUCUUUUUCCACAGCAUAUUGUACAGAUCGACGAAGACGCAGUAGCUCGGGUUAUCACCCUGCAGCCGCCGCCGCCGCCAAACUCCAAUCAAUUGAAGCUUAUCUGAUUCGUUCUUAGUCAUAGACAAUGGAUAUAUUUUACCAUCCACACAUGGAUCGGGAAAUUGAAUCGCUCAUUGAGAGAAUACAUCCUCCCAGGGUCUGCAUAGACAACGAUUCUUGCCGAGAAUGCACCGUAGUGAAGGUCGAUAGUGCAAACAAGCACGGGAUAUUAUUGGAGAUGGUCCAGGUGUUGACAGAUCUUGAUCUUAUUAUUUCUAGAUCAUACAUUUCCUCUGAUGGUGGAUGGUUUAUGGAUGUGUUCCACGUGACCGAUCAAGCUGGCAAGAAGCUCACGGACGAAACCCUCAUGCUCCACAUUCAGCAGAAACUAUGUACCACUAGAAGAAAAGGAAAUAUCUCGAGUGAUGAAGAUGAUGAAACUACGUCAGAACCAUAUGGUUGCGAUGGGCCCCACUCACUCCAAAACACGGCCCUGGAGAUGACUGGGCUGGACCGGCCCGGCCUACUAUCUGAAAUAGCUGCGGUGCUAGCGGAGUUGGGCUGUACGGUGACCUCGGGAAUGGCCUGGACCCACAACGACAGAGCGGCCUGCAUCAUCUACGUAGAAGACGCUCUAAAAGCAGGGCCCAUCAAGGACCCAAUACGGCUAGGCCACGUUCAAGAGCAGCUUCAGAACGUGGUGGAGGCCCACGGCGAUAUCGGAGAGAGGAAAAGCGUGAGGCUGAGAAACUUGGCGGCGGGGCGCACCCACACAGAACGGCGGCUCCACCAGCUGAUGUACGCGGACAGGGACUAUGAGAGCUGCCGUGCGUGUCACGGGGAGAGUAGCGGGGAGCACAAGAAGGGGUGUGAUGGGACCCACGUGUCCGUUAGUAGAUGCAAGGACAAAGGGUACUGGGUGGUCAACGUGCGGAGCAGGGACCGUCCUAAACUACUCUUUGAUACCGUCUGCGUCUUAACUGACUUGCACUAUGUGGUGUUCCACGCCGCCAUCAGGUCCAAGAGUUCCAUGGCCGAGCAGGAGUACUUUAUAAAGCACGCCGUCGCUGGUGCUUGUCUGGACGAAGAAUCCGAGAGACAAAAGCUCAUCUUAUGCUUAAUCGCUGCCAUAGAACGCAGAGUCUCCCAUGUACGUCUCAUUCCACCCACCAUUAAGGGAUUAAGGGUAGAUAUUCGCACCAAGAAUAGGACGGGUCUACUGUCGAACGUGACAAGGGUGUUCCGUGAGAAUGGACUAUCGGUAUCAAGGGUUGAGAUUGGAACACAAGGGGACAAUGCGGUGGGAUCAUUCUUUGUGACGGACUGUUCUGGUCAACAGGUGAACCCUAAUAUAGCGGAGUUGGUGAGACAAGAGUGUGGCGGAACCGUAUUUACUGAUCACAAGUCGCCUUAUAGGGUUCCUAAAUCAUCCUCCUCCUCCUUGUUGGCUAUGGACGAAACCACCAACAAUUUGGUGGCCAAGCCAAUAGUUUCUAUUGGGAACAUGCUAUGGUCUCAGAUAGAACGCCUUUCAGGUAGUUUUGGCUCCAUUAGAUCCUGAGAACUGAGAAGCUACCACUCGGGAGCUCUCUGUGUCGUCGUGUAAAUAAUCUCCAUUAGAAUUCUUAGGCGUCGUUUCGAUUUUAGAUUCCUCUAACUACUAACUUCCCUUUCCAUUGUCGCUGUACAUAGAUUUUCCACCGUAAAUGAGAUUCAUAGACUGACUUGCCUA